UGAGAACAGAAUAUGCUUCAGAAAUAAUAUAAAAAAGUGAAAUAAUUUCGUGUAGUUAGUGCAUCAAUCAUCAUCAUGGGCAGUGUAUCAACUUUGUACCCCGAUGACAGUGUCUACCCACAAAUCGGAAGAAGAUUAAAAGUAUAUGGCCUGGAAUCUUCGAUGCAAAAAAUCCGAAAAAGGAUCACAAUUGACAUUGAUCGUCUCAAUGUUUCACUGAAGAAGAACAAAGAGCCUACACAUAAGCAACAUGGCACUACCGCACUUUCUAAAGAUUCUAAAGCUGCGCAGUGUAAUGAGACGAUUGAGAAGAUUGAGAAGAUGAUCCUGUUUUCCGGAGGUCUCCAAAUAAAUAAAAUUAGACCCUCAAUUCCAGAGAUGAAGCGUAUUCAGCGAAAAAAUAUAUUUACAGAACGGGAUACGGGCUUAAUAAGUUUGACGUUAUCUUCAUCAUUAUUGACAUUUUUCACGGCGUUGGAGGAUUAUCUUCAACCUAUGGAGCCAAUGGGAAAUAGAAGUGAAGUAGUCUUGUUUUAUUAUGAUGGCUUUAAGACACUUAUUCUGGAGAAAUCAAUAGUCUCGUGUUCACUGUCAAAUAUUUAUAUGUACGGUAAUGUGUAUGACGAUGUAGAUAUGUAUGAUAAAGUCAACUUUUGCCCAGCGAAAAGUGAAAAUUUGGUAAUGAGUCAAAAAGAAUGCUCACUUCCUCGAGUUUUGGAAGUUCCUGAAGGAAUUAGUGAUAAAUUUGGAAUCGAUGACACCUUGCAAAAUCUGCAUUGUUCCUUGACUAUCUCAGACGAAUUUCUUGAAUUAAGAAGUUCCUCUGCGAUGUUUGUAGAUCCAGUUUCGUCGAAAGAGGAGCUUGAGAACGCAGAAAAUGAUCACAUUCUUGAGAGAAGAAAAUGGCCUUGUGCUAAUAUUGAAGAGGAGGAGGUUGAAGGAUUUGUUUUGGCGGAAAAGAUUAAUUUGGAACAGGAGGAAGCUGACGGAUUUGUUCUGGUGACCAAUGAAAAGAAUACUGAAAAAACUAAUAGUUUUUAUGCCUCGAUCUACAACACGUUAAAAAAGCGAUUCAUGUGGUGAAAAGGAUGAUGAGUAAUGCCGGAAAAGCUGAUUUUGAUGUUUUGAGGAUUCAACGAAAACAAAGUACGAGAGACGAAUUACAAUAUUUUGAAAUCUUAAAAUAUCACUAAUCAAAUAU